AUGGUGAUGUUGGCUAUACCAAGUCUGCCGCGGCUAGAGUGGAGAGGUACUUUAGAUUAUUUUCUUAGCGGGGUUAUUUCAUUUCUAAAGGCUCAGCGGAUGGUUGAGAAGGGCUGUGAUGCUUAUCUAGCAUAUGUGAGAGAUGUCAAUGUUGAUACUCUAAUCGUCGAGUCAGUUCCGGUAGUGAGGGAUUAUCCAGAUGUAUUCCCAACGGAUCUUCCGAGCAUGUCGCCCGACAGGGACAUCGACUUUGGUCUAGUUGAACAAGGUUACGGUGAAGAACAGGGUGCUAGAGUGUACUCCAAGAUUGACUUACGUUCAGGCUAUCAUCAGUUGAAGAUUCCGGAACCAUAUAUCCCAAAGAUUUCCUUCAGGACUCGGCUAGAAGGUAAGGUAGCAUUUAUAACUGGUGGAGCUAGUGGCAUAGGAGCAGCCACAACUAGGCUAUUUGUUCAACAUGGUGCAAAUGUUACAAUUGCAGACAUUCAGGACAACCUCGGAACUUCCUUAGUACAAGAGAUUGGCACACAAAAGGCAAUCUUUAUCCAUUGCAAUGUCGCGAUUGAAUCGGAUGUUCAAAAUGCAGUAGAUGCAACAAUUGAAAAGUUUGGUAAGCUCGACAUAAUGUUCAGUAAUGCUGGUAUAGGAGGUAAGCCAAUUUCCAGCAUCUUAGAAGUCGAUUACGACAUAAUUAAGACCGUGUUCGAUGUAAACAUUGUUGGCGCCUUCUUUUGCGCUAAACAUGCUGCUAGAGUGAUGAUUCCGGCUAAAAAAGGUUCCAUUAUAUUCACAGCAAGUGCUGCGACUGUGGUCUAUGGUCUAGUCCCGCACGCAUAUUCUGCAUCAAAAGGUGCAGUUUUGGGACUUUCCAAGAACAUUGGAGUCGAAUUAGGUAAGUAUGGAAUAAAAGUUAACUGUGUUUCUCCUCAUUAUGUUGGCACACCACUUGCGUUAAAUUGGCUUGGAAUAGCUGAUAAACAAAUAGCAGACAAAUUGUUUGCAGAAGCAGGAAAUUUGAAAGGAGCAUUAUUAGAUGAAGAGGAGGUGGCAAAAGCAGUGCUCUAUUUGGCAAGUGAUGAUUCCAAAUAUGUAAGUGGAAUGAAUUUAGUUCUUGACGGUGGUUUUAGCACCACAAAUGUGGGUUUAGCCUACAACAAAUUGUUCCCAUCUACUACUCAUCAGACCACCAAUAAUUAAAACAGUGAAACUAUUUGCUUGGAGGAGGAGGAGGAACGGAUCUUGUAAAAGCAAUGCUUAUUAAAUCA